AAGAUAAAAGUAUGCAAGGACAAAGCUCUAAAAGACGUAUGAAUGCUUAUGAAAGGAGUAGAAUGUCAAGGAUUCAAGAGAACCAAAAAAAAUUACAAGCUUUGGGAGUGAAAAAUAUUGCUAAAUCUUUGACAAGUCUAGCAGAGAGUGACAAAACAAAGAAAAAGAAAAACAAAUCAAUGGAUACCAGCAAGAAAGAUAUAGAUGUAGAGUAUAUGCCUGGUUCUGAUAUUGACGUUGAGCAAGAUUAUCAAGAAGCUGCUACAAAAAUCUCUAAAAAGAAACAACGUCCAAUAUACAUUGCUCCACAGUCCCUGAAAAGAUAUACUAAUUUAGCACAGAAACGAUUCAUUGCUCCGACUGUCUCCUGUGUGCUAACAUCUUCAGAAUCUCAUAUGCAAAAGGGACAAGUAAUUGAUACAAGUGGGAGAUCAACUGUAGCUAAGAGAAAGUUAUCUGCAGUUGACAACGAUGAUGACCACGGGGAGCGUGACAUGAGAUUUCAUGAUAUCAAUGAAGAACAAGAUGAUGUUGAGUUUGAUGAUAUUGAAGAUAUAGAUAUGAAUGAAGCUUAUGAAGAACAAGAUAGUUUUAAAGAUGAUGGAGGUAAAGACAUGGAAGACUUAGAACAAGUGAAUGAUUUAGAAAAUCAGAACGAUGAACUGGUUGAAAAAGAAUGUGAAGAUCCAGAAAAUGAAGAAGAGCAUGAAGGUUCACAACAAGAAAAUGAAGCAGUUCGGAAUGUACGUAAAAGAGUGAGAGGACCAACACGUAUGCCAAAGGUUUGGGCCCAAGAAAAAGGGGAUAGAAUUCCUAUUUUAGUUAAUGAACACGGACAACCUAUUAAUGACAAAAGUAGUCAACUGACCCAUUUCAUGGGAACCCUUUCAAGGAGUGGAAAGUAUUGUCCGAUUUAUAAACCAUGGAAUAAAGUUAAGGCCGCCAAAAAAGAAGCGUUGCUUGCACUCUUAAAGACAAAAUUUGAUAUUCCUGAAGCUGCUAAAGGCUGGAUAUUGCAAUCAUUUGGGCGGAAGGUGAAGAACUGGAGGGCAAGAGUUAAGGAACUAUACCAUGAUCCGUCUUUGUCACUGAAGGAACAAAUAAGUUCUAGGCCAAAACAAGUGCAAAAAAAACAAUGGAAGAAACUUGUGAAGUAUUGGAAUAAAGAAAAGUCUAAGCUCGUAAGUGAAAAAAACAAGGCGAAUCGGGCAAAGAAGAAGAUGGUUCAAGUAACGGGUAAAAAAAGUUAUGCUCGAGUCCGCGAAGAGCUCAAGGCAUCUAAGGGACAAGAUCCAAGUCGACUGGAAAUGUUUCGUGCAUGUUUCUCCAAAGAUGGAACUACUAAAAAUUUGGAAGCUUCAAAUGCAAUUGCACAGAUGCAACAACUUAGUUCUAAUCUUCCCGAGGGCUCGAUCGAUAAGCCUGGACCAGAUGAUGUUUUUUCUAAAGUAAUGGGUAAUGAUCGAAAUGGUGAUGCGGUUAUGUAUGGUCUGGGUGUUCGUGCUGCUGAUGUUUGGGGUGUAAUACCAAGUCGUUCAGCAUGUCAUAGAGAAAACAUCCAAUUGAAGUCUCAAUGUGAAGAACUUACUAGUACUGUGGUCCAGUUACGAGCCCAAGUAUCAGAGAUGGAAGGGUCAAGGGGUGGUUCCAGUGUUCAACCUCUUGCAUCACAACAUUUCCCCAAUGUAACCAAUGGACAUCAACGUUUACGGGUCGGAGAUGAAGUUUUCCUCAAAAGCAUUCUAAACUCUACCGAGAUUGUAGCAAGAGGAAGGGUCCAGAGAGCUUGGACCCAAAUGAUCUAGUUGGUGGUACAGAGAUUGGACCAGAAUGGUGUGAGGUAAACGUUCAAGUACCAAUAAAAAAAGAUGAAAACUUGGUAAGACCAUAUGGUUUAUUUUCUACAAUUCAAGAUUGUAUUGGUGCACCCAUCGCAUGGCCCUGUCCAUUCAUCUCGGUAGUCCAUGAGGAUUGAGGACGCAGAUUGAGGACGCAUG